AUGCCAGUUCCUGUUAAUAUGCCAACUGGUGGUGGGGCAGGUCAACAUGGCCCCUCCACCUUCGACAAAAUGAAACUCGGUCUAAUGAUGGGAACUUCUGUCGGUAUGAUCAUUGGCUUCAUCUUUGGCGGUUACAACAUCUUCCGCUAUGGUGCCGGUCCCAAUGGUGUCUUUAGGUCUUUGGGCCAAUAUAUGGCCGGUUCUGCUGCCACUUUCGGUUUCUUCAUGUCGAUUGGUACCGCAAUCCGUACACAACCGUAUGACGAACGAAGCACCUACGCUUUCUCCCAGGCUCUAAGAAGACAACAGAAAUACGGCUUCGGACCUAGGCCAAUGGUUGUUCCUGUUGAGAAGGUCGAGAGACGCAAGUGGGAUUAA